CGCCCCGGGCGGCGGCGGCGGAGAGACGCCAAGUCACGCGGCAGGCGCUCCGGGCGGCAGCGGCGCCCAGUCACGCGGCGGGCGCUCCGGCGGCGCAGUCGGUGAGCGGACGGCGCGCGACUCGGCCGUCAUGGUGCAGGUGGUGGGACCGGUGCGCGGCGCCGUGGCCGCCCUGCUCGCCGCCUUCUGGUCCGGCGUGUUCCUGCUGCUGCUGGCCGUGCGCCGUGUGACGCGCGGGGCGGAGGCGCUGCAGCCGCGCCGCCGCCCGCGGCCGGCGCUGCUCGACGACCCGGCGCUGGGCGCGCACAAGUUCGCCACCGUGUUUGGCGGCAUCAAGCUGCACUAUGUGGAGAAGGGCGACCGCAGCAAGCCGCUGCUGCUGCUACUGCACGGCUUCCCGGCGUUCUGGUACUGCUGGCACUACCAGCUGAAGGCGCUCUCCCAGCACUACUGGGUGGUGGCGGUCGAUAUGCGCGGGUACGGCGAGUCGGCCAAGCCGGAAGGCCGCGACAGCUACGACCGGCAGCUGGUGGCGCAGGACCUGUUCCACCUGGUGCUGUCCCUGGGCCGGCAGAGCUGCACCGUCAUCGGACACGACUGGGGCGGCAUCAUCGCCUACGAGCUGGCCAGACUGCGCUCCUCGCUGGUCGAGAAACUCAUCAUCAUCAACGCGCCGCACCCGGACGCCAUGGAGGAGGUGCUGCAGCACUCCUGGGACCAGAUGUUCCGCUCCUGGUACAUCUACCUCUUCCAGCUGCCCUGGCUGCCCGAGCAGGUGAUGCAGCUGGACGACUUCAACAUGUUCACCAAGAUGUUCCACGAGAACCCGUCGGCGCGUCACCACUACCCGCCCGAGAUGGUCGACGCGUACAAGUACACGUUUGGAGAGCCGGGAGCGCUGACACCGCCCCUUAACUACUACCGGCAGAACUUUGGCUGGCGUUGGCACCGCGGAGAGCCAGCCCAGGUGGCACGCGUCACCUGUCCCCUGCUAGUCAUCUGGGGCGAGCGAGACCGGGCGCUGAGCCCCCUGCUGGCCACCAUGGCGGCACGCUACGCCGACCGCUUCAGCGUCCACCUGCUGCCCAACGCCUCCCACUGGGCCAUGAUGGAGGAGCCUGACGAGGUCAACGAGGCCAUCCGUGGGUUCAUUAGCGGCCAGUAAGGGCGUCCCGGUGGCGCACGGCGCCCGAGCGAGGGGCGCUCUGGGUCCAGCAGCCGGCGAACAGCGGCGGUCGUCCGCGGGUCUCUGCCCACUGUCUAAGGCCGCUCCAACCCCGCCUCCCCCCCCCCCCCCCGCAGUGUGAUCGACGACCAUGUAUGUGUGCGCACAGAUAGAUGUGGCUGUGCGAUAUAAUCGACGCCGAGCUGGUCGGAGACUGGAGAGUGAACUUCAGUACAUGGUUUGACUAUUGCGACUUGUUGUUAUUGACUACCCCUACGAGCUAUGAACAAUAAAUGCUGUUUGGGUCUGGGUGAUACA